CUAGGGUCACACUGAGGUGCCGGAGCUGCGCGAUGCUGCGUCUGGGUGUGAGGUGUCGGCCUACGGCCCUGCAGUUAUGUAAGAUGGCGGCUCCGGUGUGCAGGCAGUGGUCGCAUGAGGCGGUGACCUGGAGGACGCGAGCCCCGGCUGUCCUCGCCCUCCCCUGCCCUCAGCGCUCUCCGCUCCUCCUCGCCCGCGGACUGCACACUUCCUGCUCGCUCCACAAGAGGAGAAGAAACCCCGAAGACGAGGAGUUCAACCAGACGCUGCAGAGUUACCGCCAGGAGCUGCGCCAGACGCCGAGGCCGGCCGUGUACCUGAGCGUUACCGGACUGCUCCCCGUGGUGGUCGCUCCCCUCACCAUGUGUCUGGGGGGUUAUUAUUACCCAGAAAUGGCCUUCCUUCAGCUCGCCGCUGCCAACUGCCUCCUGUCAUUUUACGGUGGGAUUCGCUGGGGCAUUUCUGUUCCUGAAAACAGCCCGAUCCGACCGGACUCGCUGAACCUCGGCCUGGGCGCGCUCCUUCCCUUGGUUGCGUGGAUGUCUCUGAUUGGCUCGGACAAUAUCUCCGUGGCGGGGGUGACUGUGAUUGGCGGGAUGCUCAUGGGCGCAGUCGGGGGGGUUGGGAUGCUCCCUCCUUACCCGGUUUGGCUCAGCUUUCUGAGAGCCGCUUCGUUCCUGGUGACGACCUGCGCCAUCUUGGUCACAUUGUGGCUCUCGGCCGUUUACCCAGAAAAAUCACUGAAAAAUCAAAGUCCAAAAUAAACCCUGUGUUCGGGGCGGAUCGUCGUGUGGAAAUCACCGUGCUGAUGCCAUGCUGCGUGUCCAACGGAGGAUUACAGCCAAACUGGUCCUGAAUUACAUCUGUAUCAGGCUCCAGUCACAGCCAAAGCUGCACCAACAAUCCCCGUGAAGGACGUUUGCAACCAGAUGAGCAGAUUGUAGCAGCGCUUAAUUGUCUGUGUGCUGGAUGUUACUGGUAGGACCCGACCGCCCCCAGGGCUACUGGACCGGAACCGUAUGGAUCUACGGCCUCUUUCUCAUGGUCAGUAUUUGUAAGGCAAAACCAGGAGUGGGUCCAAAGCACAAACCAGGACAGAUAUUUCUGUUCUACCGUUUCUCUGUAGGUUCCACUUCUGGUUUUACUGAUGCAAAAUACCGACCAGCAGAAUCUCAGGGGUUCCAGCUGUUCUAUUCAGAAUAUGAAGAGUUAAACCUGGGUUCAGUACGCCCCAUAAUGCAUCCAGUGUGAUGCUACAUCUCUCACCAUGCAUGACUGCAUUUUGAAUGCAGCUCUGGAUGUGACUGGAGUAGAAGACAUCAUGUUUUCACGUGAUCCACGUUCACUUUUUCUGUCCACGUCCUUGUAAAUAAAGUUUAACA